AUGACUAUUACUCCCUCGAUGGAGCCAAUCUCCCCCCCCUCCCCACUCGCCUGGUCCAACACCACCGGCAUUGAAGCGCUAGACCUGGACAGCCUCAAACUCUCUUCUGACCCCGAUUGUUCAUGGAUUGAUCCUUUAGAGUCCGCCAUCACAGCCACGCGCAAUGGGUCGGCCCCCAUCCUCAGCACCCUCUCCCAAUUCACGACCAUCCUCUCCCAAACCGGCAUUCACGGGCCCCGUCUCCUCAAGGCUGCCAAUCUCUCCACCCGAGCCACCAAAAUCGGGUCCGGCGCUCAGUUUACGGUGUUCAAGGAUCCCGUGUUUGAAGGAGAGGUCAUCAAACGCGUCAAAAUACCCCUCUCCAGUAGGGCGGAGCACGGGUUUGCAGCAAGCAUUGACUAUCGCCUCCAAUUGAAGACAUUGGAACUGGAGAUCCUAUCGCUCUGCAAUCCUGUCUUGCGCGCACAUCCCAACAUCAUCAGUCUCCUGGCGUGGGGGUUUGAUUUCCCCUUUGCCGAUUUAGCGGUCCCCGUGCUGUUUAUGGAGGCGGCGAUAAUGCCCCUGGGGGGUCUUUUGAGCACCGAGAACAGAGGCAUAGCAGUACGAUAUCAGCUCGCGCUGGAUAUAGCAAAUGGGUUGGAAGCGCUCCAUACCCUUAAGAUUGUGCAUGGGGAUGUCAAGCCGGAUAAUGUGCUUGUGUUUACUGGCCCGAGUGAAAACAUUCCCUUCCAAGCCAAAUUGAGUGAUUUUGGAGUGUGUAUUGAUUUGGAGGCGCCCAACCAGAGGUUUUCGCUGAGUGAUUACCGCGGGACGCCGGCUUGGCUGGCGCCCGAGUUGGUAGAGUGGGAUAUUUCGAGGUUUGGAGGCUUUUCUCCAGAGUUAAUGUUUAGGUUCGAUGCGUAUAGCUUUGGCAUGGUGCUCCUCUCCAUUUUUACAGCGAACGGUCAAGUUGCGGCGCUGAAUAGGAAUCCUGGUCAAGUCCCUGACCAUAUUUCCAAGUUGCUCAGCAGCCAAAAUGAGAUACCCUCAACUCUACGCAUCGAACUUCGGAAGGCAAUUCUGGGCCUGAUGGCGGAGGAUCCCAGAAACCGACCACUCCCAAGCGCAAAGCUUCUCCAAUCAGACUCUUCAACAUAUGCAUCUUGGAUCGCCUCAAUCCAAUCCUACUCUACAAAUACCCACGUUGGCAUCAUUGACCCGAUCUACAAUAAAGGCCCGCUCUUCUGGUACAGACUCGACCAAAGCAUACGUACGGAGCUUGAAGCGCAAUAUACGCUCGGCAAGGAAGGGAACGCCCCGCCAUUCGCAGGGGACGUGCUGUUUGGAAUAGCGCAGACAAUCACCGGCGAGAAACCGGCGUAUCUUGACCGCAUGCUCAGGUAUAUGGGUGAUUCUGCGAGGGCGGGAUACUCACCUGCUCAGGCUGUGUAUGCGCAGAUUGCGGAAGCACAUGGUCAAAAGCCGGAGUUCAGCAAGGAUUUAUUGAAGCAAUGGACGCUGCAGGCUGUUUCCGAGGGAUAUUUCUUCGCAAAAUCUGGUCGAUUGACAAAAGAAAUCGAUGACAUGAAGAACCUGUUUAGGGAUCAAGGCGGAUUCUGUUCGGAUCCAUUCUUGAGGAAGCGCGAUGUUAAGACGGCGGUCAACAAGAAAAGGGCACUAGCAUGGAGCAUGGAAAACGGGAAUGUUGUUGACAGGAAAGGGAACACCAUAUUACAUGCGGCUGCUGCUUUAGGGGCUGUUGAUGCUGUCCAGGAGCUGCUGGAUGCUACUAAGCUGGCAGUGGAUGUGGAAAAUGAAGAUGCCGAGACGCCGCUAUACAAGGCCUUCCAAGCAGGACAUAUCAAGGUGAUUGAGGUCCUGCUUCAGCGAGGUGCAAGGCCAUCCAGCAGGAAUCGACAGAAACUCACUCCUCUCCACUGGCUCUUCAUGGUUCCUGAAGGUGCAAUUCACCACAUAGCGAAAAGAAUGAUCGAAGGAGGAGCCGAUGUCAAUGCGGUCACGGAGCCCAUGGUCAAGGAGAACAGUGGUGGAUUCCCAGAGAAGAUCCAAAUACUCCACUAUCCAUUUGAGCUUCCUCAUGGAACACCUUUCCACUGGGCGUGCUUCUUCCGCAACAUGACAGCUAUGGAUGCGCUCCUUUCCCUUGGGGUCAACAUCAACGCAGUCUACCAUGGUUCCGAUUCAUCAACCACACCGCUUGCCCUGGCGGCGUACACUGGAGAAUCGGCCAUAGCCAAAUAUCUGAUGUCCCACGGUGCGGACGGCACUCUGCGUGAUUCGAUAGGACGAAACACCUUGCACGCAAUCACCAAGUACUUUCCGGACCGGCAUGGCUACCUGCCUCAUCACUGGCACUACUGGAUCCGUCAUGGGACUUGGGAGGAUCAUUUAGCGCAAAUGACCGAUUUAGUCCAGGUCUUGGUUGAUGCUGGAGCGGACAUCAACGCCAAGGACAAGGGAUAUCCUUAUCUGACGCCCAUUGCAGCAGCGGCCGAUUUAGGUAUAUGGGACGGUGCUAUGAUCUGCGCGUUGUUGGAGGCUGGAGCUGACCUCAAAGAAUCGACGUUGGCAGGAGGAGAUACAGUUCUGCAUUCCUGGGCAUCCAUCGUUGGACCGCGUCUCGAUUAUCCCAAUUCAUACCUGCCGACUCUACAGAAAAUAGUUCAAGCGAUGCCAAACAUCGACAUCCGGAACCGAUUUGAAGAGGAAACCCCACUCCAUUUAUUAACCACCAUCUACCACCCGGCGGACGAAUUCGAAGCUGCGUGUGAGAUUCUCCUCGGCCACUCUCGCCCAGCAGACAUCAACGCAAAGACCCGCCGUGGUGAGACCCCAUUAUCCAUAGCUCUGGAAACAAGCCUCGAUCCCGCACGAAAAGGCCGCUUCCUGCUCGACAAAGGCGCCGAUCCUCUCGUUCUCAACAACCGAGGACGAGACAUCUUCUAUUCAAUUGCCAAUAACGUCGUUCUGACAGACCAAGCCAGUCACGACCUCAUCCGACACUUCCUGCUCCAUUUCAACACUGAUAUCAAGCUGGCUUACAAGACGCAUUACCUUUCCAAUCCUAACAGCAACGAAUCUCUCAUCGCCGCUGCAGGCCGCGGAAAACCGUUAACAUUAAAUCUCCUCAUCUCGCUGGGUCUCUCUAGCUGCAUAAAUAAGCCCGAUGAAUCCAAAUCCCCACCCUGGACGGCCUUGGAUCAAGCCCUCCACUCUGCCGAGCUCAGCCGCCGCUCACACAUGCAGAAAUUGGCAUCGUACAAAGCAGCUGCGGCACGUACAAACGCGGUUCAACAGAGCCUCGUUUACGAUGAAAACCAGGGUCCGCCAGCGCGUGCGGCAGAGGCGUAUAUGUGUUUCCCGGUGGUCAUACAGACCCUACGAGACGCGGGAGCUAAGCGGACGUGUGAGCUGGAGAGACUUUCAAAAGGAGAUUAUAUUGAGCAGCCCAAGGAUUGGGAUCAAUCACAUAUUCAUGAAUAUGGGUUUACGCCGGAGACGCAGCCAAAUGUUGAUGCGUGGAGCGGGUUAUAUGAGUUGGCUAGGUACAAUGGGCAGAGUUGGCUAGGCUGA